AUGGAAAUUAAGCGUGACAGAGCAGCCAAAACAAUAAAAAUCACGCAGGAAUCGUACAUCGAAAGGGUAAUCGAAAAGUUUCGGAUGCGCGAGUCGAAUGUCAUUUCUACACCAUUUGAUGUUGGUACCAAUUUGACCAAAUCCGAAGAAGAAUGCGAUUUGAAUUAUCCAUAUCGACAAGCAUGUGGUUCGUUAACGUAUGCAUCAAUCAUUGCACGACCAGACAUUUCCUAUGCAGUGGGAGAAGUCAGAAAGUUUUUGGAAAAUCCAAAUCGUUCGCACAUCAAUGCUGUUAAGCGAAUCAUGCGUUACUUGAAUCACACAAAGUCAUUGGGCAUUACAUAUGGUGAACCGGGUGAAAUGGAUUUAAUCGGUUACACGGAUGCAAGAGAUUUGGACACAAGACGAUCAAAGACUGGAUAUGUGUUCAAGUUUGGAAAUGGUUUGAUUAUGCGGAGAAGUCAAAGGCAAGAAACAGUUGCGCAAUCCACGACGGAAGCUGAAUUCAUGGCAAUAACCGAGGGCGCAAAAGAAGCUAUUUGGUUGCGUCAACUAUUCGAAGACAUCGGUUUUGAACAGGCAACGGCUACGAAAUUGCGUGUGGACAAUUUAAGCGCCAUUAAAUUGGUGCAGAACCCGGAAUUGCAUUGUGGCAUCUCUCACUAA